UCCUCAACAGCUUCACCAUGAAGGUUUACUUCUGCUCAGCUCAGCAGCAGGUAUCCAGGAUCAUGAUGGUCUACCUGAAGAACCUGGCAGUCUCCGACUUCCUGCUGUGCCUUUACCUCCCCUUUCGCAUCAUCAGCUACACCAACAGCUCCAUCACCUUCCACCUGGUCUACUGCACCUUUGGAGCCUCAACCUUUUACCUCAACAUGUACGUCAGCAUCCUGUUCAUGGGCUACAUCGCUGCUAACAGGUAUCUGAAGAUCAUCCAUCCUUUAGGAAAUCACAUCCUUCAGACAGUGCAGGCUGCCCGCAUCAUCUCCACGGUAACCUGGGUUUUCCAGCUGGCCAUAGUGAUCACCUACGUCACCUUGUCACUACUCACACAGGAAACUCUGACCAAUGUCCCUGACACCUGUGACGCCUUUCUAAGCGCCCAGGUCAAUGUGUUCUUCAAAAUCAUCCACACCUGCUCCGCUGCCGUCUUCCUGUUCGUCUUCGUCUCCAUGGUCUUCUUCUACUACAGCGCCUCCCGCAGUGUGUUGCUGGCACAGCAGAGGCAGCCGGCAUCCUCCAGCUGCAAGAAGCUCAUGAAGUCACGCAAGAAAAUGUUGGUGCUGGUCAGCGUCUUCUGCAUUUGUUUCGUGCCGUACCACCUGGUUCGCCUUCCCUACACCUUCCUGAGGAGGUGGUGCUCUUUGAGCCAAGUGUUGUACUACCUGAAGGAGACGACCAUCCUGUUGUCAGCUCUCAACAUCUGCCUGGAUCCACUAAUCUACUUCAUCUUUUGUGAGGCGUUCCGGGCUCAGCUGAGCCAUCCACAUAGCAAGAAGGCAAGGAGGUGCAGUGAAGGGCAGCCGAGAGCCACAAACAGUGAGGCAUCGCUCAGCACUUCAACAAGACAAACCGAUGGGCUAUAACUUAAAGGAUCAUUCUGGUGAUUUUCUAUAUUUUUCUUCUUGAGAGUAGGAAAAAAGUGUUGCACACACACUCUGGCUCCAUUUGUAUUUCUCUCUUAUUCGAAUGACGUUUCGGCUCU